CUCCUCCUCUUCCUCCCCACUGAUUUGUUGCUUCUUUUUCGUCGCGAAAAACGGCGUGUUGUGGUCAGGGAAGAAACGGGCCGCACGGUUUGGAAAUAGAAGGAGGAAAAAACAGAGAGGAAGACUGAUGACACCCGACUGAAGGUGGACAUGUCCCUCACGAAAUCCACGCUUGUGUCUUUUGCAACAGCAGGCGACCAGGACACCCUGAGGAGGAGAUCCACGAUGGACUCCACGGAGAACUACGAUGCGGAGCCAAAUGGCCCGUUUUCACGGAUACCGCCCCAAAGCGAGUGCCUCUGCGUCGGGCCGCAGCACCCGGAGCUCGUCGUCAACGCCGCCGAGACCCCCUCUCCCGACUCGUCCUCCAACCAUUUCUGCCACUACACGCCCAAGUGUUUCCUACCCGUGCACAGAGCUCGCACAGGAGCACACGGCAACUCGGCACGCUCCACGCCGUCGUGCUACGGCGAGGAAGGUUGGCAUGAAAGCACCUUGAAAACCACCAUCAGGGCUGAGAAUGAGGUGGAGGCGCACAGGGAAGCCAACAACUACAAGUUUGGCUUCCGAAAAUGGAAAGGCAAUGUCACAGAGAGACCCAUCGAGGACCGAUCAGAUGUGGUCAAGGAGCUCUACUCGGACCUCAGCAUCGUCAAGCCUCAAGAAGGUUCUGUGGUGACCUUGGGGAACGUUGUUUAUGUGAUUUUAUUCGGCUGGUGGAUUUCUUUAACCUACGUCGUCAUUUGUCCUGUGAUGUUUCUGACAAUAAUCGCUGCCCCUUAUGGAAAACUGUGCCUAAAGUUGGCCUGGUACUUUAUUUGGCCCUUUGGGAAAUCGGUGGAAAAGGCUGCUGACUUGACAAAAAGAUCCACGAUGAAGCCGCCGAGGUGCGAGGUCAUUCCGGAAGAGAGGGACUCCGAGGACGGCAAGGACGCGGUCAUGGGAAAGGACUCGCGGCCUCUUCUGAUGUCGUCCCCUUUGCCCGUUGAGUUGCCUUUGCCGGAAGUAACCGUUCGGACCGGGUCGAAACACUGGUGUCGCGCCAACACCUACGUGUGGCUGCUCCUCGGCUAUCCCGUCCUGGCGGCGGUGCACGCGCUAGCCUGCGUCAUCUCCUGGCUGCUGGUGUUCACCAUCCCCGUCUCCAAGAUGAACACCCGCGCGCUCGCCAUCAUCCUCCUCAUGGCGCCCGAGGAUGUACACGUACACGCUCUGGAAAAGACGCAUCGGUGCGAAGCGAGAGUCAUCCUGUGCUGCUACCGUGCCGUCAACGUCUAUUACUACAAAUACACCGUGCAAGGGAUCAACAUCUUUGCACUAAAUCUCCUCCCCUUGGUGAUAAUCACAUUGAUUAUCGGCUACACUGACCAGAACCAUAAAUACUUCAGUUCGGAGACCAAGUUCGCCACGGCCAUCACGUCCAUCAUCCCGCUGUCAUACUACAUCGGAAUGGGCAUCGCCAGCAUUUCGGCUCAGAGCAACUUCGCCGUGGGCGCGGUGGUGAACGCCACGUUCGGCUCCAUCACCGAGAUGACCUUCUACAUCACGGCGCUCCUGCGGGGCCACCGGGCCGCCUCCAAGUGCUACGAGGAAGUCGUCAAGGCCGCCCUCACCGGCACGCUGCUGGGCUGCAUCCUCUUCAUACCCGGCAUCUGCAUGAUCAUUGGUGGCAUUAAACACCGGGAGCAGAGAUUUAACAGCCGCUCGGCCGGCGUGAGCUCGGCUUUGCUCUUCAUAUCCGUAGGAGGUGUUUUUGCUCCCACCCUGUUCUCCAAGACCUUCGGCAGCCUGAUGUGCGAGAGCUGCUCCAACAUUCCCGGCAAUGCCAGCGUGCCCUUCGUGUGCAAAAACUGUCACUACGACAUGAGUAAAACCGACUCCCAGUUGGUUAUGAUGCAUAUAGAGCCCCUGGUGUACACCAUCUCCGUGCUGCUGCCCGCCGCCUAUCUCAUCGGCCUGGUCUUCACGCUGAAAACCCACUCGCACAUCUACGACAUCCAUAUAAGCGACGGCCAAGGCGGCUCCGCCCACGGUCAGUACGCGGUCGACGCGGGGGCCGCCACCGCCGCCACCGCCUUCCGCCGCGAGGGCGACGCUGGCCCGCUCUUCGCCGUCAACUCUUGCAUUAAUACCAGCGUUGUCCCCCCCAGCCAUGUUGUCACAGGUCACCAUGUGCUCCACUGGUCACGCUGGAGGGCACUCGCCGUGCUCGUCGCGGCCACGGCGCUGAUGGCCUGCUGCGCCGAUCUCAGCACCAACAACAUCGAGCCCAUGCUGACGAACUCCUCCAUCUCCCAGUACUUCAUCGGCGUGACGGUGUUGGCGAUGGUUCCCGAGCUUCCCGAAAUCGUCAACGGGAUCCAGUUUGCGCUGCAGAAUAACAUCAGUUUGAGUCUGGAAGUGGGCAGCUGCAUUGCCGUGCAGGUUUGCAUGAUUCAGAUCCCGCUACUUAUCCUAUUCAACGCGUUCUACGAUGUGGGAUUUACGUUGCUGUUCAGUGACAUCCAUCUCUGGGCAAGCAUCUUCAGUGUCAUUCUGGUCAACUAUAUCUUCAUGGAUGGGAAGUGUGACUACUUUCAGGGCACUGCUCUGGUGGUGGUUUACCUCAUCCUUUUGGCUCUUUAUUUCUUUGCUCCGUCGCCACGCUCUUGUUAAGUUAAA